AUUAUAAAAAAAAAAAAAAAAAAAAAAAAAAACUAGAACAAGAAAAAUUAAAAUACUAAAUAUGCUGCCAGCAUUAUUAUUCUUAUUAAUUUGUUCUUUAUGCAUAUGUGAUGGCUUAAAUGAUGUUCCCAUUUUUUUAAACAAUGUCGAAUGUGGAUCCUAUGUUGACUACAUUCCAGUGGAUGAACAGUUCUUUAGAUAUAUGCCUUAUUAUGUUCAGUUGCACAGAUGUCAUGGUGCAAAUCAAAUUGUCAAUCCGCAAAAUCGUGAGUGUGUUCCUAAAGAUGGCGCAAUAAAAAAUAUAAGCAUUUUAGCAAUUGAAAUUUUAACACAAAAGCAAACUGUACUAACUUUAAAAAAUUAUACAUCGUGUGAUGAAAAAUGUCGUUUAAACUCCUCAUCCUGCACUCCUUACCAAGUAUUCGAUCCAGAGAUAUGUUUUUGUGAAUGUAAUUAUACCGAUAUACCUAUUCCUAAUCCAUGCAAAGCUCCUUUUGUUUGGGAUAGAACUGCAUGCAAUUGUGUUUGCCCAUAUUCUGAAUCUAUGUGUGAGGAAAGAAAAGAACUAAGUAAGCAAGUAUGUGGAUGUGUUUGUAAACAAAAGUAUAACGUACUUUGCGCCAAUCAAAAUCAGUACAUUGAUCAAACCACCUGUGGUUGCAUUAAUUUACCUGAUGUUAAAAGCUCUGCUAGUAUUGGUUGCAGAGAUGGUGUUAAUUGGGCGAUGUUGGCAGUUAUAAUGUUGAUUGAAGCAUGUUUUAUUAUAGCUGCAUACUUUGUACUGUAUGUGUACUGCUACAAGUACAAAUAUUUAAAAAUGAAAAAUUCUGAAGUGUAUGUUGUGAAACACAGUAGUAGUGAUAAUGAGAUAAACUGUGAAGAACCAAUAAAUGAGGAACCUGCUGAAGAGGUUUCUCUUCAAAAAAGGGUUUCAUAUCCUAAUAAUCAAAAUGGUAUGGCCUUUUACUCAGAUGAAGAAAAGUCUCAUUUAAGAACAAAUGGAUUUGAACCAGAGAGUUACAUUUAUAAUGAUGUGGAAGAAGUUGAAGAUUCUUUGUCUGGAAAUUGUUUUUCAUAUUCUUCCAAAACGCAAGUUUGAAUUAUAGUUUGUAUUUUUUAUGCAGUUUUAACUUUUUAAGCAUUCUGUAAAUUUAUUUAACACAUCACACUAAUUAAUAUGUUGCACUUCUUUGUUUUGCUAUUUGAAUUUAUUUAAGUUCAAUCAGUUCAACAUUAAUGAGCUAAUACAGUUUUUCUUUU